UUCAACUCAAAAUGAUCAUCAUUCUCAUCAAAAAGAAAAGCAUAAAGAAAAUGAUCAAAUAGUUGUUCCACGUGUUAUUCCUCCAUUUGAACAAAUAAAAAGCAAUAAUAAUAAUAGAGAAAUUGAUAAUAAUGGAAAUUGGAAUAUGAGAAGGAAGUCGUUUAAUAAUGGAAAUAAUGGUGGGCCUAGUCCUACUGUUAAUAAUGUUCCAAUGAGAAGUGAAGAGCAACAAGAAUUUAUUCGAGGAGGACAAAAGUUCACCAACAAACAUCAAGUCUGGAGAGGAAAAUUUAUUUGGAAUUCUUUUAUUUCAUUUGAUUGUAAAUUAACUGCAAUAAGCAAUAGAGGAGCAUUUAAAGCGGGUCGUGAAUUGCCUCAAUCUCUUCAAGUAAUGGGCAGAUCGGAAGCUAAUGGUGUUUGGCAUUAUAUUGGAAGAUUAACUGAUAGUUGGGAUAAACAAGUUAUUUUAUUGUUGGUUGAACAUCCACAAGAUACAUAUCAAUAUGAGUUAUAUAUGCGUUGUUUCGAAAAAGUCAGUAGCUGUGAUAAUCAACAAAUUAUUGUUUUGGAUUUAGCUGGACAUGAACAUAUUAAGGAUGGAUAUGUUUUUACUCUUGGUCCUGGAAUGCCUUUACCAAGCGUUCUCCUUCCAUUGGAUGGUCCUGGAUUACCUGACUGGUGUAUGCACAGAGCUUUUAUGAUCAUAAUGCUAGUUCGCCGUAUGGAUCGUGAAGAUAAGUUAUGGCGUAAACAACAAGACGAAAAUUGGCGUCAACAACGUACAUUACAACCCUUGCCUUCUGAACGAUUUGAUUCUUCUACGCCUCAACAUCAACAAAAAAACCUUUCCUCGCCAUUCGAUUCCCAAAUGGAUUGGUCUUCACCACAACAACAAAUACCUAACAACAACUCGAAUUUACGAACUCCAAAUAUUUCUGAUAUACCAAACUGGCGUAAACCGCGUGUAGCAGAAGACUCUUUAAUAACAACUGUAAGUUGUGCUCAGCCUCCAGUAUGGCCGCCGCCGGAGGAUUCAUGCAUUGCUUCAACUUCACAAAAUCUUGAAACAACAAGGCAUCAAUCCACCAAUUCUCCACAUUUAAAUAAUAACAGGCAUAAUUCAGAACUUUCUAACAACAACAAUAUUUUGUUAGAAAAUGGUGAAGAAAUUCAAUUGCCAAUAAUUGAGACAGUUGAUGAAUUGUUGAGGGAAAUAAGGGAUCAAGCUAAUCCAGAGCAUAUAAUCCUCCUUGUUGGUAACUUUUUACAAGCACAUUCUGAUUUAACAACGGAAGAAAGAUUGGAUAUUAGCUUAGCAGUUAGACAAAGAACUUUAUUGGAACAGAAUAGAGGAAGUAAUAAUGUUGAUAAUGUUGUUGAUGAGUCAACAAGAACAGCAAGAACACCAACAACAGCCUUAUUAGAGUAUAAUAGUGAGAAGACUUCUGAAAAGAAUAAAACUACAAGUGAAGUAACUAGUGUUGUUGUAGAGCAAGAAGAAGGUGUCCGGUCAAAUAAUAGAGAUCCUCUGGAAGAAGAAAAUGAAACUGAAAAGGAAGUGGAACAACAACAAGAAGGGGUGGAGGAAACGAAUGAGGCAACAGCAACUUCAACUAGUGCUGUUGUAGUAGAAGGAGAACAACAACCAACUAAUGAGUCGCUUCGGCCAUAUUCACCAAGUGAUUUUAUCAUUGACACACAAAUCCGUUCUAUUAUUAAUUGUGAAGAUUUGAAUGUUUCAAAGAAAAAAAAUAUUGUAAAUUUUAUUUUUUUCAAAAUUUGCUGCCCUUCCGAUUUCCAAAAUCGGGAAUUCAAUUUUUAUUUCGGCAGGAUCCCUAGAGGCUUCAUGUCUUUUAAAAACUUUCUUUUUUUAAAGGAGCCUAGAAGAAAUACAGCUCCAUCACAACCAUCACCACUUUCCAAACUUCCUUCAAAUUGUGUAUCAUCAUCACCUAGACCAGUGCCUCCACUAUCUUCUCCAGUUCCACCAUCUCAACAACAACAACAUCCACCGCCUCCUCCUCCUCCCCCUCCAUCAUCACCACCACCGCCACCUCCAGCUUUGUCUUCUCCACAGCCUCCUCCACCUCCGCCGACAACAACUACAAUUGCUACUGCCAAUGUAUACAUUUAUGCCAAUGGCUUUAUUAUUUCAACAACCUCCUCCACCAUCAUCAUUUUGCCUUGUCAAUUACUUCAAACAAUUCCAAAUAUUGCUGAAACAACAACUACGAACAUUUCUCCUUCAAAAUGUUUGUUACCUCCACCACCACCUCCUCCUCUAUCAACAACAUUAUUUCAUCUUCCUCCACCUCAAAUUCCUCCAAAUAUUGCUGCUGACUUGACGGCAACUACAACACCUAUUUCUAAUAAAUGUUUAUUACCCCCACCUCCUCCACCGCCAUCUUUACAGCAUCAACACCAGCAACAUCCGACAAGUUCAAACAUUUUGGGUGGGGAUUAUGGUAGUAAUAGCAGCAAUGUAAAUGAUGAUUCUAUGUUUUGUGAGGAUAUUGAAUUGGACAAUUUUGAUUCUAUCACCGCUCUUCACUCUCAAAAACGACAACAACAACAACAAAAAAGAAUUUUUGUUCCUCCAUCGCCUACUACAACACCUAAUAUAUUAAGAGGACCACAACAACAUCAACACCAACAACCACCACCAUCAUCCAUUCUUCCACUUAGACAACAGCAACUACCACCUCCAACCCCUUUAACUCCUCUUAAUAGGCAACAACAACAUAUUCCUUCUCUUAUACGGCAUCAACAACAAUCCUCGUCAUCAACAUCCAUUCCUCCUCCCCUUAGACAACAACAAACACCACCAUUAAUCCCUCCUUUAAGACAGCAACAAUUUACUCCAAUUUUUGGACGGCAGCAACACCAACCAAUUCCUUCUCUUAGACAUCAACUACUACAACAACAACAACAGUCACCUAUUCCUCCACUUAUUACUAAUAGUAGAGGGAGGAAUGAGGUAAUUUAA